AUGAAAAUUUUGGCGUUGAUUUUACUGCUCAUUUGUGGGCAUAAAACCUGCGCUUCAUCCACCCAGGAACGGAUUGUGGGUGGAGUGGAGCUGCCCAUUCAUCUUACACCAUGGCUGGCUUCGAUCGUGGUGCAUGGCAACUAUAGUUGCACUUCGGCAUUGAUUACGUCUCAGUGGCUGGUCACGGCUGGACAUUGCGUACACUAUCCAGAUAGCUACUCCGUUCGCGCAGGAUCUACUUUCACUGAUGAGGGUGGUCAGAGAAGGGACGUAGUGAGUGUUAUCCUUCAUCCAGAUUUGAAUCUACGGACGCUGGAGAACGACAUCGCCUUGUUGAAGAUAGGUAAACCCUUCAGUUUGGGAGCAAAUAUUCAGGUGGUGAAGCUUCCGGGUCUUAACAUACUUCCAAGAACCCUCUGGGUUGCCGGUUGGGGCUAUCAAGAUGCCACUGACAGUGAAUCGGAACCCAGACUACGUGGCACAAUGGUGGAAGUUAUUGAUCUGAGACGUUGCCAGCGACUGUACUCCCAUCUGCAUCGUCCCAUUACGGAUGAUAUGGUGUGUGCAGCAGCAGCUGGACGAGAUCACUGCUACGGCGACUCAGGGGCUCCCUUGGUUCACCGCGGCAUUAGCUAUGGAAUCGUAUCCUUUGCUCAUGGAUGUGCUGACCCACAUUUUCCAGGGGUGUACACUAGACUAGCCAACUAUGUAACCUGGAUCUUCAAUGUCCUGGAAAGUGAUUGGAAAAUGAAUGUGGCAUAUUAA